GCAGGAUGUUGUUGUUGUUGUUGUUGUUGUUAUUAUUAUUAUUAUUAUUAUUAUUAUUAUUAUUAUUAUUAUUAUUAUUAUUGUCACUUGUAUGUUUUACUUGAAUGUGUUUGGUGUGAGGAGAUGACAGUGGGAGAGAGAACUGAAUGGACAACUUUUAUCAGUCAGGAUCUACUGUAAUUCUCGGUCUAGUAAUGAAUGCUGUUGUGAAAACUGAGCUCCUUCUUGGUGUAUAAGAACAAAAGGCUGUUAGAACAAGACAAGGCAUGCUUCACUGAGCUACGUGUUUGCAUGCUGCUUUGCCGACCAAAGGUCACCUCCCAAGACACUAAAAUUGAAAAUGAGAUGCAGUGGUGCAAAUGGGCUGGCAAAUGGAAAUCUCACCUACCAGGACAGUCCACAGGAGUACAGGAAGAGGACGCCUGUGAUUUCCUAUUUAAAAUUAUCUUUGUUGGAGACAGCAACGUGGGAAAGACGUGCAUCAUCCACAGCUUAAAGUCUGGAGAGUUCAGAGACAAACAGCAUAACACUAUUGGUGUAGACUUCACUGUGCAUACCAUGGAUAUAGACGGCAAGAGGGUGAAGAUGCAGAUAUGGGACACGGCUGGCCAGGAGCGUUUCCGCACCAUCACACAGAAUUACUAUCGCAGUGCUCAUGGGGCUAUGAUCGCCUAUGACCUGACGCGCCGUUCCACUUUUGACUCGCUACCUCACUGGAUACAUGCAGUAGAACAGUAUGGAGUUGCCAAUGUAGUCUUUGUACUUAUAGGUAACAAGUGUGACCUGCAGCCCCAUCGACAGGUGUUGUUUGAGGAUGCCUGCACUCUGGCUGAACAGAAGGGUGCUCUGGCCGCCCUGGAGACAUCUGCUAAGGAGAACCAUAACGUACAAGAAGCCUUUGAGCUGAUGGCACGGGAGCUAAUAGUACGAAAUGGAGGCAUAGUCCCACAUGAAGCCUUGUCAGAUUCCUCAAAUCUCUUUCUAUACGCUGAGACUCACUCAAUUGGUGAAGUGGAGUCCCUAGAGAAGAAGUCCUGUGAGUGCUGAAAUAUUGGGAUUUAAAGGAAUGGUGUUCUUUCAGAGACCAUUUAAAGACUUCUAAAACAUUCUCAAGCGUUAAGUAGUUUUCAAAUACUUGCUACUUGCUCUCACGUAUAUACACGGUGCACAGGGGGACGUGCAAUAUUGUGUGCAAUAUGAUAGUUUAACUUAUAAAUUAACUUUGUGUGUUCUUUUCCCAUGUUAAUGAGAAAUAAAAUGGAAAAAUGAUCAUUA